CGAAAAUUCAAACGCCAUCAACCAAGCACACCACUUCCCACCCACAACACAAACCACAACAGAGCAGACCACAACACCAACAGACAACCAGACGCAGCCGACCAUGUUUCAGAGCAAGCAAGGCUUGCUCGACUUUGCCGAGAUUGGCAUGGGCAUCCUCAAGGAUGCAAAGUCCCUCAAGCACAUCAAGACUGUGAAGAAGUUCGUCCAGGAGCAUGCGGACGAGUGGACAGAGGCACAGGUGGUGAGGCCACGCCUUGCAGAUUUCAGUGUCAAGGCGGAACUGGACAAAGGCCACUUUGGAAAGGUGUGCCUGGUCAAGAACAAGGCAGACGGCGCCAUCUUUGCAAUGAAAACCAUGUGCAAAGACGUCAACCUCAAGGACAAGGCCCGCUUCCGUGAGGAGCGAGAGUUGAUGGCUACCACCACCAGCCCUUGGCUCACACAGCUGCACUAUGCCUUCCACGACGACACCAACCUGUACCUGGUGAUGGACUACCACCCUGGCGGGAACUUGUGGACUCUGCUCGGCCGCCCAGAGAUAUUUGGCCUUGGCGAAGAAGAUUGCCGCUUCCCGGAGCGAGCAGCCAUGUUCUAUGCCACCGAGAUUGCCCUCGCCAUCCAGGCUGUCCACGACAUGGGAUUCGUCCACAGAGAUAUCAAGACUGACAACAUUGUCAUCAACGCAGCCGGCCACGUGCGCUUGGUGGAUUUUGGUUCCAGUGCAAAGAUGGACCCCGCUGGUAAAGUGUACGGCCGGGCUGUUGGCACGCCCCAGUACAUUGCUCCCGAGCUCCUGGAGGGCUUGAGCGUGCACGGCAAGGAAGUUGACUGGUGGUCGUUUGGCGUUGUUGUGUAUGAGAUGCUCACAGGCCGCGUUCCCUUUGAUGGCGAUUCCGAGAUUGAGAUUUACGGCGCCAUCAGCCAGUUUGAGGAGCUGGUGCCAUCGCUGGAGUACCCCGCGUGCGUGUCCAAGCCCGCUCGCGCGCUCGUUGCUGGUCUUCUCCGCAAGUGCAGUUCCCGCCUAGACGCACGUGCCAUUCUCUCGCACGAGGCCAUGCGUGUUUGGACAGAAGCAAAGGACAAGGACGGCUGCCCAGCCAACAUGGAGGGGCAGGAGCCGCCAUAUGUACCUGUGCUGGCGCAUGCCGAAGACACGUCCCACUUCCCACAGGACGACGGCGACAAGACGCCGUUUGCUGAGCGGCAGCGCAUCUCGCUCGCCACCAAUACCAUGGCCGCCAUUGAGCACGGCUUUGAUGUCUCCAAGCUCGACUACGCUGGCUUUACGUUUGUGCGAGAGAGUGAGGCUGAGGAACAGGACGCCAGCGCCGACGACGAAGAAAGAGAGAAGACAGCUAGCAAGGACACUGCUGCUGCCACCACGGGCUCGGCCGUUGCUGCCAACAGCAAGCCCCAGCUUCGACAACAACAAGAGCAGGAGAACAUGUCACCUUUGGGACAGCGCAACGUGCGUGCAAGCAUGCGCGCCCGCCAGGACCACAAGGUGACGGCUCUGAAGCGCGAGAACAAGUGCCUGAACGACGAAGUGCAGCAGCUCAAGCGGCAGGCAAGCAUUGCCCAGCGCGAGCUUCGCCACCUGAAGCAGAAGGUGCGGCGGUCCACGGACUCGGCUGCUGUCUCCGUGAACCAACUGGAGGCAACGCAGGAGAAGGAGCAGCGGCUGCAGCGGCGCGUGCAGCAGCUUGAAGCGGAUUUGGAGCGCGCGCGUGCCGUAUCUAAACAGGCGCAGGCCGAUGCCAAGCGUAUUGCUGCGCUUGAGGAAGCCGAGGCGAUGGCAAAGAAACAGCUUGCGCGCACGCAAGCCGACAACGCCAGUCUUGAGGAGCAAGUGCAGGCGCUCAUGCGUGAGACAGAUACGCUUCGCCUUGAGUUGGCUGCGGCAUCCAAGGAGAAGAAGGACAUGCGGCGGGCUGCGACUGUGACAUCCGUGUCCACGUCUGCUGAGGUUGAUGCUGCACGCAGCCAAGUCCGUAAGCACAAGGCCACCAUUGAUGAGCUGCAGCAGCAACUCCUCGACCGCACACAGGAGGUGCAAGCACUUGGCUGUUUGCUGAAGACCACGACUGAGGAGCGCGAUUCGCUCAACAAGGAGAAAGCUGAGCAUCAGAGCACGAUUGCCGACCUUGAGGAGAGGUUGCGCAAGCUGAACGUGUCGACAUGCAACAUGAUGGAAGGGUUCUACACGGACCUGCAGGAGGCGACUGAAAUGGCGUCCAAGUACGAGUCGCAGUGGGUGGAGGCGGAGAGCGCAGCCAAGCGCGCCCGCGAAGCACGUGCGGCACUGGAGGAAGAGCUGCAGAUGCGCGAUCAGCAGCUGCACAAGCAGACGGCCCAGCUUAACGACGCCUUUCGCCAGCUUGACAAGGAGCGGCAGCACUUUACAGAGAAGGUUCGCUUGCUGGAGGAAGAGGUGAAUGGCAUGGCAACCGACAACCUGCGGUUGGAGGCAGUUAAGGCGCAGCACGGCAAGCUGCUCGACACCAUUCUCACCAACGCCGCCUCUGGCAACCACCAGCACGCGCACAUGCGACCAAAGCUGAAGCUGCGCCUGUUCCGCGGCAAGCAGCGCCACAAGUUUGCUGCCCGGCCCAUCCCGGCCCUGCCCAAGCUGCUUCAGGAGCACCUGCAGCAACAGCAACAGCAGCAGAGCCCGAAGGGUGACGCAACAGCCACCGUCACCGCCGCCACCGCCAUCGAUCAUGAUGACGAUGGCGAUGAUGUGCCCGGGGAAUCUUGCCGCUACUGCACGGCCAUGAAGAGCGAGCUUCGUCUGGCCAAGCGUCGCUUGCAUGACACGGUGCUGCAGCUGCAGCGCAUGCAAGCCGAGCUGGAUGAAGGGCACAGACCUGCAGCCCUGUCAGCAGGCUCUUUCACGCAGUCGCCCACCUCUGCAUCUGCCAACGCCAGCGCCGUGUCGAGCGGCAUCGUGCCCCUCACGCGCAUGAUGUCUCGUAUGAGCGCCCUGCGCAACAAGCAGCUGUACAAGUCGCAGAUGAAGCCAGCUGCCUCUGCUGCUGUUGUCGUUGCACCCGCGAAAGAAAAGAAGGAGUGCGCCAGCGCUACUACCGCCAUCCCUGGUGACGAUUGCAGCAAGGCGGAUAAGGGCGACAGCGCCCCCUCCACUCCGUGCCUGCAGGCAAUGCAUCGCGCCCAAACGCCAGAUGUGGACAACCGCAGUGGGUGCGAAGUGGGCGUCACGGAUCUGGACAUGACCGGUCCGCUUGCUGUGACGUCAUCGCAGGUGGUGACGCCACAGAUGCCACGCUCACGCUACGAGCGCUUUGCCAACGUGCGCGAAGCCCUCGAGCAACAAGAGCAGCAGCCGCACGAGGAUGGGUCCCAGUCGCCCGAGUAUGCCAUGGGCAAGCGUUCUUGUGACGCGGUUUGCUCACACAACAACACCGGCAUCAACAUCAACAUCACCUCCGCCAGCACUGGCGCUGCGCCCUCGCUGCGUCGCCGCCGCGCUCUUGGCGCGCUUGACGGCAACGUGCUUGCGUCCAACGGCGGCACGCCUCUGAAGAACAAGGUGCACACAGCUGGGUUCGGCAACGCCAGCAGGCAGCAGAACCUCGACUCAUCGCUGCUGACCUCCAUUGUUGGCGGGGAUGACAGCGUUGGUGUUGCUGGUGCCGUCACUGGCGAUGAGAACACCAAGCCAUCUGCCCGCCCCGUGCGCGUGCUGCUGCUGAGUGAGGGCUCACAGCAGUGGGCGCACGCCGUGUUGGAGCUGCGCGAGAGCAUGUUGUCGCUCCGUGCCGUUUCCGACGACAGUCAGGGGCACGAGGAUGGCGAGGUGCUGACUUUCUUCGAUCUUCGCCGCUGCCCAUCGGCGUUUGUUGUCAGCACGCACCUGUCCAGCGAGCUGUCUGUGCUUGAGGCCGGCGGCGAGAUUGCGCAGGAUUCUGUCGUGUAUGUGUCGCACCACCCGCCUUGCUGGGUGGGGCAGGAGGUGCUGAUUGAGACGGACAGCACCGCCUCUGCCCAGCGGCUUGCGCGCACCCUCAAGGCCACAGUGCAGCGCUAUGCUGCUCGCGUCACGACAGACGACGCAAAGUGGCAGCCGCAUCGUGUGUGCGCGCUCAAUGCCCCACCGCUUGUGCUGCAGGCUGCACGCGAACGCAGGGGCUCUGCCAGCAGCGACGACGACGGCGCUCAACAACAGCAGCAGCAGCUGCUGUUGUGUGAUGGUGUCGUUGCUGGGCCCGGCCUGACCGUCCUCAAGAUGGUGACGCUCCUCGACGGCUCGCAGCUGCUCGUGAGUGAGGAGGGCCUGUAUUGGACGCAGACAAGCGGCGUGGGCGCAGAGGAGCAGCUUCAGGUUGUGUUUGAUGCGCCCGCAUUUGUGUGCAAGGACACCAUCCAUGAUGCCGAGUGCGUGCGGGAGCUGGGUGUGCUGGUGCUGGUGGUGGGCGAGCAACGGCGCAUGUGCGUGCUGAAGCUGUCUGCACUGCACCGCAGCUCCUCUGGCAUUGCCGUUGCUGACAACAGCGAGAGUGUGCGGUCCCACGGUGUGCGGACGCAGGCCAGCACGACGUCGUCUGCAACCACCGUCUCUGCCAGGUCGGGCGCCACAGCUCGUGCUGAGCGGCAGCGCAAGACCAGUGAGGCGAGCCAGGGCAGCCAAGGCAGCAGCAGCAGCAGCAGCAGCAGCGGCAGUGGUGAGGAGGAUGUGUCUUUGGAAGCAGCGCGCGAGCGCGGGCAGAAGAAGCUGAAGGAGAUUGAGCAGAGCCACAACACGCUUGCGUUCGCCGUGGGCACGGUUGUCGCUGGACGCACGUUCCUGUUCUCCGCACACACGGACUGCAUGGCGCUGUUUGAGUGGCGGGCCCGUGAGCGCGCGUUUGUGCUUUCUAAGCAGGCGCACGGCCCACGCUACACCGACCCGACGACGUGCCUCAAGUACGUGGCGUCGCUGCGUCGCUUUGUGUGGGGGUCGUCACGCUUCUCCAUGCUGGAACCGCUUGAGCUGGACAUUGAAGAUCUGCUUGACGUCGAUGACAGCAACCUUGCCAUGCACCUGAGCAACGAGGAGCGCGGGAACGUGUUUCCGAUUGACGUGUUUGAGCUUGGGCACGACAAGCUGCUGCUGUGCUUCAGCCGCUACGGCCUCGUGGUGAACCUCGAGGGUCGCGUUGUGUCGACCGAGCCGAGUCUUGAGUGGCACGUGAACGUGCCGCAGGCAUUUGCCCUGGUUGGCGAGCAGCAGCUUUGUGUUGUCGGUCGUCAGAGUGUCGAGCUUCAAGACCUUGGCAACCGCCGUAGCCGCGUCGUGUCGCUGGCGAACUGCGGUGUGCUUGGCACGGCGAGCGCACAUGCCUACCUGGUGCAGAGCAAGGAGACGCACACGUAUCUGCUGAAGCUUGAGAAGCCAAGCGCGACCAUCCGCGCGUCGUUUGUGUCGGCAUUCUCCAGCCUCAUCAAUGCAGACCCGCGCGAAGUGUUGAGCAAGCACGUGCUCGGGCAGAGCCAUCUUGGCCCCGCAACACGCGGCGUGUCCCCUGCCAAGGAGCUGACAACCAGUGCGUUCUCUGAGCGCUUCCGCAACGAAAUUGCCGCGCUUGAUGACGUUCUUGGAGCGUUUGAUCUUUGAAUUGUGCUGCGUGUGUGUGUUGUGUGUGUGUGUGUUUUUUGUGUGUGUUGUGUGUGUGUGUGUGCGCACGCAUGUGUGAAGCUGUUGGCUGCGCAACGCAGCAUUGCAUUACACACCAACGCACCCAUACGCAUACGCUUGCACACAGGGAGUGGUGUUGUUGUGCGGUUUUAUGUCAUUAUCAGAAAGCCUGAACGGCUUAUGUUGGCUCGCUUUUCCAGCUUCUUCUGCAGUUGCUUUCUGGUGUUUGCUUUGCUUUCUUCCUUUGUCUUAUGUGUGUGUGUGUGAGUGUACGAGCCUGUUGUCUCGUGCCAACAUGUUGUUGUUGGGCGAGCUAUUAUAUCGUGUGGGCUGAUACACAGAUGGAAGCAGCA